UCUGAGCGUCAGACGGUAUAUUUUAUUGACAAAUCUGUGGGUCACACCAUCCCUAGCGUGUGUUGCUUCUUGGUUGAAAAAUAUAAUUAAAAAUUUAUUCUAACUACUGGGAUAUUCUGCAACACGAGGCCCAAGCACCAAACACAAACACCAGCACAUAUACAGAGUCUCGCGCGGCAGCGGUGGCGGCAUCAAAAAUACCGAAGAAGCACAAAAAAGAAAAAUUUGCAAGGUGUGUGUGUGUGUUUGUGUGACGUCGAGGACCGAAUCGAGUCUUUGCCUUGGUGCGUGCGCUCUAGUAGGGACACACACUGUGCGAGUAUUAGUGUAUCCUUUGGCAUUUCUGAGAGCUUGGUUGGAGUGACACGAGCGCGAGCAGAGCGAAAAGCGUACGCUUCUACCAAAAAAUAAUAAACAAGUGCAGCGUAAAGCGGCGUGAAACAGGAAACCCCAAUAGCCAAGCCGCACUCUGCAAUGGAGAAGAGAAUAGAGCUGGAGCGGCGAGCACGGAAGGCGAACCAGAUCACAGAGCUGAACCUGGACAACUGCCGCAGUACAAGCAUUGUUGGCUUUACAGAUGAGUACACCGCCUUAGAAUCACUGAGUUUGAUCAACGUGGGCCUCACCACACUGAAAGGUUUCCCCAAAUUGCCCAAUCUGAAGAAGCUGGAACUAUCCGACAAUAGGAUUUCGAGCGGCCUCAACUAUCUGACCACCAGCCCCAAACUUCAGUAUCUGAAUUUGUCUGGGAAUAAAAUAAAGGACCUGGAAACAUUAAAGCCCUUGCAGGAGUUCAAAAACCUGGCGGUACUGGAUCUGUUUAAUAACGAUGCCACCCAAGUGGAUAACUAUCGGGAGAAGAUAUUUAAGAUGUUGCCAUCGUUGAACUUUUUGGAUGGUUUCGAUUGUAAUGACGAGGAGGCGCAGUCGGAGGGAGAAGACGAUGAAGAGGUCAACGGCAAUGAUUCCGAGGAAGAAGAUAAGCGCAAUGCCUUCUGUCUGAAUGGGUUAGAAAUCGAUUUAGACGAGCUCGAGGAGCUGGAGCAGCGCGUAAAGGCGAAAAAGAGUUUGCAGGAAAGACCAACAGCGCCCGCAGUGGACACUGACGUAGACGAAUUAGACGAAUAUUUAAAAGAGUUGCAGCUGAGAGAAUCGAAAGCGGCAACAGACCAACAAUCUGUGAUAGAGGCAGACCCUGCAGCAAGCCAACAACCACCAAAUAGAAACCCAAACAUAAAUUUCGCAAUUCUACUCUAUUGGUUUUUAGCAAUUUUAAAUCUGGCCAAUGCAACAUAUUUUUCGACAGAGGAUGGCGACAGCGAUGACACUGAUGAGGAUGGGGACAAUGGCGAGGUCUCUCUGUCGGAGGUGUACAAUGAUGACUUGGAGGAGGACAAUUCCGACUGGGAGGAGGGCGAGGGUGGAGGCGACGAUGACGAGGAGGACUCUGACAUCGAUGAUGCCGAUGGCGAGGCAAAUGAAUCGACCGCCUCACUGAAUGCCUCCAAGAAGGAACCCGAAAACAACACAGAUGAAUCGGAAGCCAGGGGCAAGAAGAGAAAGCACGACGGCUAAGCUCUGGCUUGAUCUACUGCUGUAUCAUCUUUGGACGUUUUAAAUUUAAAUAUACACACACCGACACUGACAUAUACACACGGCAACACACAUCAUGUUUUGAUAGAAAAAAGAUGACUAAACACAGUUAGGACCCCCACAUUUGUUUCUUUAAAAUGUAAGCUAACAAGAUCGAAAACUGACACAAAACAGACACAGAAGAAUAAUGAAAUGGAGAACGUACUAAUCAAAAAAAACAAAUUAAGAGAUAAGUUUAAGCGAACACUAAGAACUGCGUAGUGGAAACCAGCAACAAACAAACAAACAAGCACACACACACAUUACAUUAUUAUAGCCUCAUCCGAAGCGAAGCCUGGUUCCAGCUGGAGAAGUUGUAAAAUUGCCUAGCAUUAAGUUGCAAAAUGUAUAACUAUGAACUAUGUACAAUUUGUCGGAUCGAGUCGAGUCGAUCCUCUCCCAUCUAGCGUUUCAACAAACAACACAAAGCAAAAGCCCAAUUGCAUGCAUCAUCUAAACAAUUAUGACGUGUUUUUUUUUAUUAUUUGCUUUUCCAAUGUUUUGCAGUCUACCCAUUCACUGCUAAGAACUUUUAACUAACUCUUAAGUCAUUCCUUCUUUGAAUGUGGAUAAGUUAAGCGAUAUCUACUUUCCCUUCCCGAUUCGCGGAUGAGCGAACGCAAGUCCGACCCACAUUUUAGAGCAUUUCAUUGUUAUCCAUCUCUUACCUUACCCUUACCCUAUAUGUAUCCAUAAUUAUAUAUCUCUCUAUACACGCCCGCCACACAUACUGUUAAGUGAAACGUAAUUUUUUCAUUGAAUGAGGCACGUAAAACUAAAGGCAUGUGUUUUAGGACGGGACGGAACUUUCUUUUAAAUAAACACGUACGAGUAUGCAACAAUUACAA